CUUUCACGCCUUAUGGCGCAAUCUAACCGUGUAGCUAGCCUCCCGCCCUUUUAGAGCUUCUAAGAAUAUGAUUGGCUAACUGUUUUACAGUGUACUGUCGGUUUGAACGCUGAUUGGCUGUUGGGUGUACGAGUCACUGUCAUGUAAACUAAGAGCGAAUAAAACGUCACUAAAGAAAGAGAACGCCUAAAUAAACUAGCAUGAUUGGUUAAAUUACUGUAAUGUCCGGAAUUGAUUUAUAAAACUGAAAUAUGACAAAAGUUUUAUGUUAAAACGACGCUAUGAAUAAAUUAUCUCGAACGCAAAUUGUAAAAACAUUCACUUUUGAAGGAAGUGGAGACACUCGGUCAAUAACCGUGUCUAUUCCUGAGGUUCUUGAUCCUCAAUAUGGCAUGUACGUUUGGCCCUGUGCAGUGGUACUUUCACAGUAUGUGUGGAUGGCGAGAGGAGAACUACAAAACAAGAUGGUUCUUGAGCUGGGUGCCGGUGUGAGUUUACCCGGUGUGGUGUCUGCGCUGUGCGGUGCUGCUGUGAUUCUGUCAGACAGCGCUGAACUGCCGCUCUGCCUGGAGAACUGCAGGCACUCGUGUGUCCUCAACAACCUCUCUGAUGUACCCGUGCUGGGGCUCACCUGGGGACGGGUCUCACCUGAGCUCCUCUCGCUGCCUCCUCUGGACCUCAUCCUGGGCUCAGAUGUGUUCUAUGAGCCUGAAGAUUUUGAAGACGUGCUCAUGACCGUCGGCUUUAUUUUGAGGAGGAACCCUCAUGCUCAAUUUUGGACCACUUACCAAGAGAGAAGUGCUGAUUGGUCCAUAGAGGCUCUGUUACACAAGUGGGAACUGAAGUGCAUUAAUGUUCCACUGGAAACUUUUGAGGCAAACAAACCCCAUCUGGCUGGAUCAACACUGCCUGGAAAUCACACUGUACAGAUGAUGAUCAUUACAAACAACUGGAUUUAACGUGUGUGUAUAUAUAUAUAUAUAUGUGUGUGUAGAUGUAUGUUUCUUUAAUGUUUUAGAUAAUGUAAACACCUUUUUCCAGCUCUUUUCAACUUCAUCUCAUUAGUAGUUUGUCAUUUAUUUUAUAUUGCAGUAUUUUAAAUCCUCCUAUUUAAAUGUUAAGACGACUAAAACAUUAUUAUUUUAAUAAAAAUAUCCGUUCAAGGA